CUCUGCUGCUCUGUCUCUGACCCCCCUUUCCCCCCAGAAUUUCUGCAGCCGGGCAGCACUGGAAGCCCUGGGCUCCUGCCUCAACAACAAGUACUCGGAGGGGUACCCUGGCAAGAGGUACUAUGGGGGAGCCGAGGUGGUGGACCAGAUCGAGCUGCUGUGCGAGCAGCGGGCUCUGGAGGCAUUUGACCUGGAUCCUGCCCGCUGGGGCGUCAACGUUCAGCCCUACUCAGGGUCUCCAGCCAACUUUGCAGCCUACACAGCCCUGCUGCAGCCCCACGACCGCCUGAUGGGGCUGGACCUGCCCGAUGGGGGCCACCUCACGCACGGGUACAUGUCGGACAUCAAGAGAAUCUCAGCAACAUCCAUCUUCUUCGAGUCGAUGCCCUACAAACUUGAUCCAGUCACAGGGCUGAUUGACUAUGACCAGCUGGAGGUGACAGCACGGCUCUUCCGUCCUCGUCUCGUCAUCGCCGGCACCAGCGCGUACGCCCGCCUCAUCGACUACGCUCGCAUGAAGAAGGUGUGCGAGGAGGUGAAGGCGUACCUGCUGGCAGACAUGGCGCACAUCAGCGGGCUGGUGCCAGCCAAGGCCAUCCCUUUUUACCUGGUCACCAGCACCACGCACAAGACCCUGCGUGGGGCCAGGUCAGGACUGAUCUUCUACCGCAAGGGUGUGCGCUCGGUGGAUAAGAAGACGGGCAAAGAAACGCUCUACGACCUGGAGGACAGGGUCAACUUUGCUGUCUUCCCCUCCCUGCAAGGGGGACCCCACAACCACGCCAUUGCUGCUGUGGCCGUGGCCCUCAAACAG